UUGGGAGGUCCUUGCAGGCGAUCUGUUGCUGUCCGGUGCCGCCGGCAGUCACAGUGCGGAUGCAGACGUACCAGUCUCCGUCUAUCAGCGCGACCACGAUCCACAGCGCCGAGGCGCAGAAAACCCUCCGCAGUGUCUGUUCAAAACUGCUCUGUAGGACUUUAAAGGAGAUGAUGACUGCAAUAUUUGGACCAUGGAGAAAACACAUAUAUCUCUUCCUCUGUGAGGGAAUUACUGCUGGAAGGGAGAAAUCAAUUUCAGACCAAUGGUAGAGCUGAACGUUUUGGACAAAAGCCCUUCGUCGACCGUGUAAGCAGUGUAAGAUAGUGUCUCGCCAUCUUAUAUCUGUAUAGCAGCACUGACACGACGGGCGCUGAUGUUUGUUUAAUGAUACUCUCACAGUUUGGUACCAAGACACAACAGACUGUAAAAGCAUGACCCAGACCACACCUGCAUGUGUAUUUUCGGCCGUGCAGUUGGCACGGACAUUCUCUGCCCACGUGAAAGUACUUCAUCUAUAAUAGGUUACUUUUUUCCUUUAGUGUUUCCUAACAGUCGUUUUGUUUUUCAGUUUUGCGCUCCCUGAUUGUGCGUGUCUUAUAUUUACAUCACGACCGAUAUCACAUCGUCCACAUAUCACCCAUCUAACCUUUUGAGAAGUCUUUGACAUCUGUACUACUGUCUGUUACCUAAUACAUGACUUAACGGAAGUCUCUUUUUCCUCUCUGUUUGGUCUGUGUAAAUAUAUAUAAAUAUCCCGUAGAGCUAUUUUAACCCACAUGGACUACGCAGAAUGAAUGGUGUGUAUUUGAGAAACACACAGCUUACAUCAGGUUUCAGGUAUUUCAGCUCAGCCUUAUCAGGUAUGCAAGGCCCCGCCUCUACGUGCCAAUAUUGACAGAGGGUGCUGCUCCUAUGCUUCAGGCUGGAAUUAAAUAUGUUAUCUGACAGAUCCAGGUGGACUCGCUAGUGUAUGAGGUCUGCUGUACGAGGUCUGCUAUCACGAAUGGAAAUACACUGAUCGACUUAUGACUGCUGCAGCCUGUACAAUCCGCAUCCGAUGACUUGAGCAUGGCUUCGAUCGGACAAAUCAUCUUUUGGAGCAUGAUUGUCCUCAUAUUUGUAAUGGCUGGACUUCUAAUUCUCCUUUUGGUUAUUGCAUUUGCAGCAUCCCAGGGCUCUGUGUUGACUAGUACACCUUUUAUAGUGGGUAACCUUGGACAGGAUGUGAUCCUAGGCUGCAGAUUCCAAACCAAAACUGGCAAGGAUGUUUCUUCUGGUGUGUCGAUCACCUGGCAGAAGGACGGUCUUACUGGGGUAGUUUAUCGAUUCCAGAACAAUGCAGCUCAGUUACAGGAGCAGAACUCGCAGUUUAAAAACAGAGUUAAACUCUUCCCAGAUGCUAUCCCGACAGGCAAUGCUUCCCUUCUCUUGAUGGGAGUAAGGCUGGAGGAUGCCGGAGUGUAUCGCUGCAGUGUGACCACUUCUGGAGUCACGGGUACAGUCAGCAUUCAUCUCAGAGUGGGUGCUUUCUCAGCUCCCAAUAUAACCAGAUCAAACAACAGCCUGAUAGCCUCCGCUCAGAGAUGGCUUCCCAAACCUGAAGUAACCUGGACAGACCAGAAUGGAAAACAGUUAAACAGUAGCACUCAGUUUUACAAUGUAACUCUGGGGAUUGUACAAGUAACGAGCAACCUCCAAGUCCAGGUGACUGAAGAGACCUACACCUGUGUCAUCCAGAAUGCUCUCGUCACCACUGCCUCUAAGGCAACAGUUACAGGUAAUGGAAAUGAAGUUUUGACAGUAACCGACUUCAUAUUUAAUUCAUCACCAAACAUCGUCGGUACACAUGUGAUCAGCACAGCCUGCAUCCUUUUCUGUGUGUCGGGAUGGUGAAGGGUCAUGUGGUGGAAGUGGCAUAGGCUAUUAGAAGAGAUUUGAUUCACACAAAAAUAAAGGUGAUUUGAUUUGUAAAAACAAAAACAACAACAACAAACAACAACAAGAAUGUUUGGGUAGAUAUGCAUCUUCUGAUAUUUAUCUUUAACGUUAAUUCAUUUAUGUUUUGGUCUCGGAAUAAUAAAGCAUGAAUGACAGCAAAACAGCUGCAAAAUGUCACCUGUAACUUUUUCUGUAAAUAACAUGUAAGAUUAACUUAAAUAUACGCCAGUAAUGUCUAUUUAUACAGUUGUGUUUUAUUCUUAUUCUUAAUAUUAAUCUUAUUCCUACGAUGAUGGUGAUGGUGAU